GAGGAAUCUCCAACAAGCAAUUCUCAUCUAUAGAAAAGAAGUCCCUCUUAAUUCCCCUUUCGCUUUCUUUAUCCAAUAGAUGCGACCGCACAGCUCCAUCUCUCACAGUAUUCCUUCUUCAGUUCUUCCCUUCCCUUUCAAUUUCAUUUCAUUGAUUAAUUUCUUGCUCUUGCUCUGUGCUUGCCAAUUGCAAUUGAAGCUUUGCUUUCAUGCGUUCCUUUCUCAAUAUGACUUUAGUCCCACUGCCACAUCCAAAAAAUUAACUAUACAAAUCAACUCUCCAAUUAGUUCUCCCACUCUCCUCAAUGAUUCUCGACUUUUGAUUAGCUGCCUUCAGUAGAAGUCAAGCCCCCUCAUUCCCCCAAUUAGAUUUGGAGCCUCCGAAGAAUGAUGACUGGAAAAUUUAAAAAGUGCAUGAUGCUAUGCUGUGUGAAAAAGCGCUCGGGCGUAGACAUGGCGAAUGAUUCGUACGACGACGCCAUUGCAGGUCUGGCGAAGCUUCUCAGCGAGAAGGCUGGCCUCGAGGCGGUCGCCGCCGCAAAGAUUAAGCAGAUAACGGCGGAGCUGGAGUCAGUAACCGCGAACGGCGACACAUUCGAUCCGGUUCAGAGGAUGCAAACCGGGUUCCUUCGCUUCAAGAAAGAAAACUUCGACAAGAAUCCUGCUUUGUACAGUGAACUUGCCAAAGGCCAGAGCCCCAAGUUUAUGGUAUUUGCUUGCUCAGACUCUCGAGUUUGUCCCUCGCAUGUCCUGAAUUUUCAGCCAGGCGAGGCUUUCAUGGUCCGAAAUAUUGCCAACAUGGUGCCACCCUAUGACAAGACGAAGUACUCUGGAGCAGGGGCAGCCAUCGAAUAUGCAGUGUUGCAUCUAAAGGUGGAGAAUAUAGUGGUCAUUGGGCACAGCUGUUGUGGUGGGAUAAAGGGGCUCAUGUCUAUCCCAGAUGAUGGGACCACGGCUAGUGAUUUCAUAGAACAAUGGGUCAAAAUUUGCAUGCCCGCCAAGACGAAAGUGACAGAAGAAUGCAACAGCUUAACUUUCGCGGAGCAGUGCACGAACUGUGAGAAGGAAGCUGUGAAUAUAUCAUUGGGGAAUCUAUUGACGUACCCAUUUGUGAGGGAUGCUGUGGUGAAGAAGACAUUGUCGUUGAAGGGCGGACACUACAAUUUUAUUAAUGGAUCAUUCGAGCUCUGGAAUCUUGACUUUGGCCUUUCACCCUCUGUUUCAGUGAUCCAGGUAGGCGAGCAGAUCAAGCUCCCAGAUAGAGGGGCUUCAGUAGUGCCCUGUCAGAGAGUGAGUAUAUUUUGGGAAUAAUUUUGUAAACCCUAGCUAGUAGAGGGUAUUUUGGGGAACAAGUAUAUGUACAUAUUUUGGGAAACAUGUAGUACUCUGGUAUUAUGUGGUAUUGUAUAUAUAUGUUCUAAUGAUAAUGUCUAUGUAAUUUAUGC